UUCUGUUUUGACAUGUAUGACGUGAAUAUGUUGACAAAUUGCCACCCAACAUGACAGCGCCAGCAGAGUUAUUUUUAGGUUCGUCAACAUUUUUAUUUACGAAAUCCGUGCCUGCAAGUUGCAAUCGUUAUUGUACUUAUAUAAGGUAGUUUGCUCGAAAACAAUGGCUACAAUUGAAAAUAAAACCAAAAAUGAUCAAAAAUCACAUGAGGAUCUUGAUGACAACAAAAUUGAAGAUAUGAAUAACGGUCCAGGAGCAGCCAAUAAGAAUAAGCAGAAAAAAAAGAAAAAAAAGCCUGCUGCACAAAAAGAAGGUGUCCAAGAAGGUGACGUUCCAGCCCAAAACGAAAAACCAUUUACCCAAGAAAUCGGCGACACAAAAACUCAAGCUACUGCUGAAGGUGAACAUAAAAUAAAAAAGCGCAACAAAAAGAGAGGAGGCGGAAAGAUAAACCAAACCUAUCCACCCACUGUACCGAUAGUUGAACUGUUUCCUGAUAAGGUGUUUCCAAUUGGAGAAAUUCAGGAAUAUAUUAAUGAUGAUCGUACUGCCAAAAAUCGCUCAACAUCAGAAGAAAAAAAAGCUUUAGACAGAAUGCAUAAUGAUAUUUACAAUGAGGUACGAUUGGCUGCUGAAGCUCAUAGGCAAACGCGGCUACAUAUCCAGAAAUGGCUAAAGCCCGGUAUGACGAUGAUUGAAAUUUGUGAAGAGUUGGAAAAUACUGCCCGCAAACUAAUCGGCGACGACGGUCUUAAAGCUGGAUUGGCUUUUCCAACUGGUUGUUCUAGAAAUCAUUGUGCCGCUCACUAUACUCCUAACGCUGGCGAUAAAACCGUUUUUGAAUACGAUGAUGUUGUUAAAAUCGACUUUGGAACGCAUAUUAAUGGAAGAAUAAUUGACUGUGCAUUUACCCACACAUUUAAUCCCAAGUAUGAUAAACUUUUGGAGGCGGUCAGGGAUGCUACCAAUACUGGAAUUAGAGCUGCCGGCAUUGACGUUCGCUUAUGCGAUAUAGGAGCCCAAAUUCAGGAAGUUAUGGAAUCGUACGAAAUGGAAUUAGAUGGUAAAACAUAUCAAGUGAAACCUAUAAGGAACCUUAAUGGCCAUUCCAUCUCUCCUUACAGAAUACAUGCAGGAAAAACUGUACCAAUUGUCAGAGGUGGCGAGGCUAGAAUAAUGGAAGAAAACGAAUUUUAUGCCAUAGAAACUUUUGGUUCGACUGGCAGAGGUGUUGUUAAUAACGACAUGGAAUGUUCCCAUUACAUGAAAAACUAUGAUGCUCAAUAUGUGCCAUUACGCUUGCAAUCGUCAAAAUGCCUCCUCAGCUUGAUCAACAGGAAUUUUGGAACUUUAGCUUUCUGCAAGAGAUGGCUCGACCGCGCUGGUGCAACCAAAUAUCAAAUGGCGUUGAAGGAUCUUUGCGAUAAGGGCAUUGUGGACGAUUAUCCUCCACUUUGUGACAUCAAGGGUUGUUACACAGCGCAAUUUGAACACACUAUCAUGCUUCGACCUACGUGCAAAGAAGUUGUGUCUCGUGGAGAUGAUUAUUAGGUUUAGUUGGUUCAUCUUCAAUUAUUAUUCAUUAAUUUUGCUUUAAAAUUUUUAGUAUGAAUAAAAAAACGUUUUCAUUUAUUAUUAGUUACUUUGAUUUAGCUGCAGAAUAUUGGGAUUUAAGUUAUUUGGGCUAAUACUAACUAUAAUUCUUACCUUAACCAUCUCAUAAGUCUUGUCACCAACAAUCACCCUGUAAUGAGGUGGUUUCUGUAUAACUUCCUGUAUGAAUAUAGUAUUGGAACUCAAUUCGGGAACUCUAUCUAUUGUUCUGAUAUAGUAACGUCCGCUGAAAGCCUUUUUGUCAGGCAUAUUAGGUGAGGGCAGUAGUUGAGUGUCCAGAUAAGUAGCUAAUAAAUGCAUG